CUGUUUAAAAAUAAUAAUGAAUAAGACAACAACUACACAAACACUGUUUGAAUAAACAAACAGGUUUAAAUGAAUAAUCAUGUGAUUAAAUAAAUAAAUAAAGCAUCUAUUAAAUAAGUAAAGAAGUAAUUAUACAAUGUAUUCAAUAUAUGAGAGAGGAAAGGCAGAGAGGCCAUGCAGAUUACCUUGUUUUUCAGAGUUUUCACCCAGUCUAUAACAUUCCAGUGAGAGGUGUCCGCACCAAGGCUCGUAAAUUUGUUUGAAAGAGGAGGAUUGUAACCGGGUGUAUUACAACUUGUUUUGUAGGUGUCGACCUGUAGGUGACAGCGUCUGACAUGUUAAUCGGGUACGAUUUGUUUUAUGUCCAUAGCGUGAAAUUUGAGUGCUACCAGCUCGGUUCAAGACAGCGAAGCUUUGUUUAGGAUUAACAACUGUUCACCACCUGGCAUCAGUAGAUCACAUGAAACAAUGCGUGACGAAUCGACCUGUGCGUUACAAGCAUUCUAUGGGACAAACUCAUCUUUAAUCUCGCUAUAUCUCUCUAACUAAUCAGAAAAACAACUCGUCACUAACAUUCUGAACAUAUCCGUGUUUAAAACGAAAUGCUAAAACAUAUCCGCUUUACUCCUCGUUAUCUGUUUUGUUUAAACGCGUAGCUUGAAAGCAAUGCAUGAUCAAUAGCCCCUCUGUUUGUAUACAAGAUGCCUUUUCCAUAGCGCAAAGGCUCCAUCUUUUGGAUGUGCAAUGUCUUGACUUCAGGCAUUUAGUAAAACCUAUAUAACCAGCUCCUCAAGGUUUUCUGGCUCAUUUCCAAAAGCUUUUAGAGACAGACAGCUCACGAUCGGUCCAAAUCAACCGACAUUUUUUUUCAAGAUGGAUUAUAACGGUAAGUGACUUUUUAUCGUCAGUGCUGUUGAAUGAAUGAAUGAAUGAAUCAUUGAAUACUGACUAUUUAAAUUAUGGAUACGUGACUUGUGAGCUGUCAAAUGAGCAUGCCAUUCUUUUUAAAUAGCCGUAGUCUUGCCAAGAUGCUGUCGAUACCCUAAAAGUGUUUUUAUUUGUAUUAUUAUUAUUUUUUAAUAGAAUAUAAUGAUUAUAACAGUGAUGCCAAUUUUGAUUCUAAUUUAUUGACGCAGAGUGAAGACGUACAAUUCAAUGGACGGUUAGAAUGCGGUAGUUUUUAUUUAUGUGGAUCUAAAACACCCUUAUUCUUUUGAUUAAAAUAUGUGCUUUAAAAUAGUAUUUGAUUUGUCUACGUACGCGAUCAACCAGCCGUUUCAGGCAUCGUAUUAUAGCAAAGUAAUUUGCUAAAAUACAUUAUGCUUGUUACAUCUGCGUAUGAAUCGUAAAUGCUUUGCGUGGUAUUUUUUUUUAAUAGGACUUGUCUCGCAGGUUCAAACAAUUACGAUCAAGACGAAUUUGUCAACAUUGAACAACUACUGAAUACAUCACAGGACGCCGCUUCAAAUCAAGAUUUACAAGGGUCUAUAGAGCGACCGGUAUUUAUUGACCUGACACAUGACGAGGAGGCUGGCUCCAGCAGAGCAUUGUUAGAUCUUACAGCACAUGACGAGGAGGCUGGCUCCAGCAGAGCGGUUCCGGACCCCUCAUUAUUAAUAGAAAGGAGUUGUGAUCUUACCACUGGUGGCGACGCAUGCUGCGUAGUGCCAGAGCCGUCAUUAUUCAUAGAAAGGAGUUGCGGAUCCGGUGACGAUGUGUCUAACUGGACAGAUACACAGCUGAACGUUUGGGAGCGUUCGUCUUGGUCCAGCGGGCGAGAGGAGAGGUCUCCGAUAAGGCGUCAGCAGACACCGUUAGCCGAACAAGAAGACAUCGCCGACGACGAACGAUCAUCAUCGGCGAGGGGUAGACAGACACCGUUUGCUCUUCAAGAUCAAAAUACUGUCUCGCUAGAUCAACUCAACGCUAUCUUAAGAGAGUCUAAUAUUCCUUUACACGAGUCCAUUGACAGACUGUGGGGUUCUGUCGGCGAGAUACAUACGAUUCUUAUGAGAUUGUAUGCUUUUAUCGAAGGUGUUAAUCAUCGCGAUGAAGCAUUGGAGAAUUCUUUCAACCGUUUGCUCGAGUCAUCAAACGAGCAGAUGAGAGAAAGGCGUCUGAUAGUUGAACUCCUCUGUGCUAUAAACGCCGUACUAUUUUCUAGAUAGUCACUAUUUUUAUAUUGACCAGUGAUCGCUAUAAGUUUUUACAUUUAUCUCUAUAUCUUAUAAUCGAUUUUUACAUUUACAAUUUUAUCUCUAUAUCUUAUAAUUGAUAUUCUACAUUUACAAUUUUAUCUCUAUAUCUUACAUUCAAUAUUUUUUAUAUUACCAUUAUAUCUAUAUCUGUUUUAUAUUUUUAUAUCUGUUUUAUAUUUGUCAAUUUUAUAUCUAUUCACCAUUUAUUUUUGUAUUGGCUAUGCAACGUGACAUAAUUCCUCUUUGUUAGUGACGAAACCAUACGGGAGGGAUGGCCGAUGAAAAAUGUUCAGAGGCCGGGGAUAGCUGUCAUCCAGAUCAAACUCUCUCAGACCUGUUACAGGAUGCGCUCGGAAUGCACGCAGAGACCCAUCAUCAUAACGCCGAUAGACUACGACUACUGUUAAAUACACACCCUGUACAUGAGCAAACUUUUAAUAUCGCGCCGCCCCAACAGAUUUCUAAUUUGGAAUAUUUGGAAGCUGCGAUACGUGAAAGUACAGAUUUUAAUCCAUGCAUCAGACUAUGCGAAAUAUUAAAUACGAGGGACACAAACACCGAACAAGCUGGCAGUGGGUUAUCAGAUACAAUCGUCCCGACUACUGACUCGGCUCCCCCUAGAGGUAAUGUCGAUAACGAACGGCCCUCGACUUCCGAUACACAGAGGACUAGCAGCGUCGACCUCGAUGCUUUGAUACGAGAUGGCGGUACCAUAAACGGUUAUCGUGUUUUACAGAGACCUCGUUUCAAUAGCGUGGAAUUGAGAAGACCCAUGAAUCUACGGGAUAUUGGUGCUACAGAUUUGGCGACGUAUCACGUUCGACUGCACGAGACCAUGAACGAAAUCGCGACGUUUGCCAGACAAAUCGGCGGCGAUGGUAGCGUAGUUAGUUUAUCCCUGAGAGGGCCCAGUCUUAAAUCUGACGUUACAGCGAUAUUAUCACCCGGCAAUGAUUACGACGUUAAUGUAUUUACCGAUCAAAUUGAAAAAAAUUUACAGAGCGAUGAUAGGUUAUUGUGUGACGACGCGGUCGAGAUAGGAGCGACCGUGGCUUCGAACAGACAAGGGGGAGGUCGCCAUCGUCGUAAACUCACAGAUUUGUCUCUCGACCCGGUGAUCAAAAGAAAAAAGAUGAGUUUAUUUUGCCCUAUCAAUAUUGCGAAUAAUUUGUGCUUUUCUAUAUGUCUCGCCCAUUUUCUCGACCCUGAAUUACCUGAGAGCGAUCUGGAAAGCCGCGCGGCAGUAAUCCAAAAUGAUGCAGGGUUUACGAUUCAAGACAAGAUCGGUCUUCACGACAUAGCAAAGUUUGAAAGACUGUUUGGCGUCAAAAUAGUCGUUUUUUACAGAACGAACGGCGGAGCGUUAGAAACGUAUGCAAAUCAGAGGGAACCUCAUUCGAAAACAGUAUUCCUCUAUUUACACGAUGAACACUUUUAUAUGAUUCUUAAACUAAAGGCGUUCGUCGGUACCGACUACGCGUGUACGUACUGUUAUAAAGGAUACAACAACGUUAAACAUCAUCACUGUAGCCGUGUCUGUAACGUGUGUUUUGACGUCGACUGUCACAAACACCCUAAAAGAACUGUACACUGUACCAACUGUCUGAGAUUUUGCAAUUCCGACUACUGCUACAAAAUGCACAAGAAGCCCAACCCCGGCGAAGAAAAGGCCCCGUGCGAUAGAAUAAAAUAUUGUCAACUGUGUAACAGACGUUAUGAAAUUUCAGGACAAGGCAUUGGAGCACAACACAAAUGUGCGACCGUCCGGUGCCUACAUUGCGGCGAAGAUCUCGUAGUUACGGGAUCGCAUCGGUGCUUUAUUCAACCCCAUGCUCCCAAGGAUCCUAGCGAGAAGUUUAUUUUCUAUGAUUUUGAAACCCGUUACGAAAAUGAGAAACACGUCGCUAACUUUGUAUGUGCCAUCACCUUUAAAGGAGAGCAAUGUGUGGCAGAAGGUGCCUACUGCGUAGCGUCGCUAAUCAACCAUUUCAGACAACGCCGAUACAAAGGGUACACCUUUAUAGCCCAUUAC